AUGAGAGAUCAUAUGGAAAGAUUCGUAGUUCUUCCAUUCUCCGUCGGCUGUGAUUCUCAGUCUAGUGUUGAUGUGGUCAGCAGUGAACUCUGCAAGAAACCAAAACCUGAAAGCAAAUCACAUGCAACAAGAAGACAAGAAGGGGAAGAAAGCUCUUGUAAAGAAAAGAUGAAGAGUAAUACAUUCGGUUUCCUGGCUCUUCCAAAACCUAACAUAUCCAGUGGAAUACACAGACUGAUUAGGGGCAUUAAAAGUCUCUCCCAAAUAUUUGUGUACAAAGAAGAAAACGAGGAAUUAAUUAUGGAAAGAGAGAUGGAAAUCGGAUUUCCAACUGAUGUGAAGCACGUAACACACAUAGGAUUGGAUGGUACUACUACAACAAAUGCUGUUAAGGGUUGGGAAAGUCUGAAACCUCCAGAAAUAAUUUCAUUCCCUUCAAUUUCUUUACGGCAGUUCGAGCUUGCUAUGGCUGCACAGGCACAUGCACCUCUUGUUGAGGUCGAUCAUUCCAGGCUCGGUUGA